CAACAGCAGCUAAACAGGGAGGGAAGCUGCACUGAAGCCGAGAUGGGCUAGCACAGGAUCAACCAACCAAUCGGAGCCCUGGAGGUGGGGCUUGAGAUCCGGCAAAUAAUUGCUAAAUGCAUUUCCAGCCCAGUUGGUCUGGGCUGCUGAAAGAUCUGGCUGCAGAGUGAGAGGGGAAAGCAGGAAUCUAAGCACCGGUGUUUGUGGAACGCUGCUGUAGCAUCAACCCUGGACUGGCUCCUGCUGCCUCCUUCCUGUCUUCCUUAGUAAAAGAUGAAGUCAUCGGAUAUUGACCAGGAAUUAUUCACAGAAAGCUACUGCAAAGUGUGCAGCGCUCAGCUAAUAUCAGAAUCACAGCGUGUGGCUCAUUACGAGAGCCGGAAACAUGCCAGCAAAGUUCGUCUCUACUAUAUGCUCCACCCACUAGAUGGAGGCUGCCCUGCGAAGAAGCUGCGGUCAGAAAAUGGCAGCGACAAUGAAUCGGUGGAUAAGAAUAAAUGCUGUACGCUCUGUAACAUGUCCUUUACUUCAGCCGUCGUGGCUGAGUCACACUAUCAAGGGAAAAUUCACGCCAAAAGAUUAAAACUGUUGCCAGGAGAGCAGCCAACGUUAAAGGCCACAGAGACCAAUCUGAGUUCCCUAAAGCAGUCACACCUGGAUAGUUCUCCUGUGGUGUCUUUGCCCCAUCAGAGAAGAGACUCUGACAGGUACUGCCAGCUCUGCAUGGCUUGGUUUAAUAACCCAAUGAUGGCACAGCAACACUAUGAUGGGAAGAAGCACAAAAAGAAUGCAGCCAGGGCGGAUUUACUACAGCAACUAGGGAAGACGCUGGAUCUAGGCGAAUUAAGAGGUCUUAAGCGGAGCUAUACCUGUAACAUCUGCAAUGUCACUCUAAACUCCAUAGAACAGUAUCACGCGCACCUGAAGGGGUCCAAACAUCAGACCAACCUGAAGAACCAGUAGAAGGUCACCCAAGACAGUGACAUUUUACCACAACAGUUUCUUCUCCAAACAAGAGCUAUGUUGACUAUGACUAGGAGGCUUUCUGGGACAAUGAGCACUUCCUGUGUGGCAUCAUUAAUGUAUAGCUAAUCUUUGCUUUGGACAAUGAAUGGAUUUUUU